GGAAAGGGCAAGGCCGCCGCCGAGCCUCAAGUCGAAGACAGCGGUAUGGACGUUGAUGAGAGCUCUGAUGAUGAAGAGGUUGACGAACAUGAGCCCAUUGGUAAGCUCCACUCCCUUGCUUUUGCACAGGACCAUAUUUUGACCGCCCCUAGCUGAUGAAGAGGACGAGGAUAACAUGGAGGAAAUCAGCACCGAGAACAUCAUCCCUUCUGGUCGCCGCACUCGAGGCCGCAACAUCGACUUCGCCAAGGCAGCUGCUGAGAUGCCAGCGGAGGAUGAUGAAGAUGAAGAUGAGGACGAUGAUUUCGAGGCUCCUGAUGAGGAUGAGGAGAUGAAGCACUAGAUUCAGCGACACAAUGGGGAUCGACUUGGUCGCACGGCCUGUUAUCUCAAGAAUCCGACGUUGGCAUACUUUAUACGUUGGAAAAUGGGCGGUUUUUUUUCCAAAAUUCGGUCCUUGUCUUUGCGAACUGGAUAGUUGUUUCCCUCACCACACUCGUCUUUGUCGUCGCAUGCGCAAGGCAUCUUUUGUUCAUUGUCGAC